UUGAAUUUGGACUUUUUUUGAUGUAUAACAAACACAAUUUAGAAGCCAGAACAGAGACUACUGGGAGCACAUGGUGUGCUAAGCAACGCACCAAUCACAGCGCAGCCCUGCCCUAUAUAUACCCCCUUGGUCGAGGCCGUUCUUUUGUAGUUCGGCAAAGUUUAGUUUGUCGUUUGUGCUUUUCUCACGUUGUCUGACAUGUCUGAAAUACUGCCUGCUGCUUCUGCUGAGCCUAGCGCCACUACGGCCACUGCGCCAGUUCCAGCGCAUGUGGAGAAGGCCCAGGCGAAGAAGACCAAGACAGGAAGUCGCCCUAAGGCUGUGGGUCCUCCUGUAUCAGAGCUUAUAACUAACGCCGUGGCCGCAUCCACUGAGCGUAAUGGGGUGUCUCUCGCGGCUCUAAAGAAGGUCUUGGCUGCCGGCGGCUAUGAUGUGGAGAAGAACAACAGCCGGAUCAAGCUAGGCUUGAGGAGUCUGGUAAGCAAAGGUACCUUGGUACAGACCAAAGGUACUGGGGCUUCAGGCUCUUUCAGGCUCAACAAAAAAGCGUCUCCAGGCGAAACCAAGAACAAAGCCAAAAAGUCACCUUCGGUUAAGGAUAAGAAGCCUGCUGCCAAGAAGCCUAAGAAAUCUGGCUCGUUAACAGCUAAGAGCGUGAAGACUCCAAAAAAGGCAAAGAAACCAGCAGCGGUGGGAGGCAAGAAAACGGCCAAGAAUCCUAAGACUAAAGCCGCCAAGCCUAAGAAAGUGGUCAAGAGUCCAGCCAAGGCCGUGAAACCCAAGGCUAAGGUUGCCAAGUCAAAAGCUGUCAAACCCAAGAAGGUGUUGCCCAAGAAGAAGUAAAUUAGCUGCCGAAUUCUCUCAAGUAAACGCCCCAAAGGCUCUUUUAAGAGCCACUCUAAGAAUCUUAUGGAGAGCUGCAGGAAACUUGUCCAUGGUAAUAAUAUAUUUGUUGAGCACCUUUGUGUUGUAUUGCCUGGUUGCUUUUGGAGUAACCAAAAUUUAGUAUUAUCUUGGCACUUUGCGCCAUCUCUGAGUUAAGAGAUUUUGUGGUUUUUAAUUUUAUUACAUUUGAUAUUUGAGUCUUUAACCACUACUGGGGUCAAUUUUUUGUUGAGUGUUAGGUACUGGUAAUUAGAAGCAAAUUAGAUUGGAAGUGCUUAAAAUAGAGAGAACUCGAGUUAGUUUUUUGCCUUUGACUUGGAUCUUUGACUUAGAUCUGACAAAAUUGGAUUCUCCCACUGUAAUAACUUGUAACUCUGCAGCUGGAACUUUUGAGCUAUUAGGAAUUUUUUCUAAUGCAAUAUUGGGAAGAUUGCAGACUGCUGGAGCAAGUUUUGACGAUGACAUGGUACCUCUAGGAUUUAAGGAACUUGGAACUGAUAAUUCCUGUAAAAGAAGCCGAAGGAUGAUAGUCACCAGUAGAAAUACCGGGAAUCAACUUUAUUUUACGUUUGAAGAGCCCAGGGUUGGUAUGUGUUAAUUUUCCUAGGUUACUAGGUCAAGAGAAUUCAAAUUAACUAAGAAAUGGGAAAAGUUUGUGGGAGUUUUGGAAUGGCAUCAACACCUGGUAGAAUCGUAGAGCUAUAACUGGAAGAGUAUUUUGCUGCGAUCUAGUAGUUCGAUUCCAUUUUACAUGUUGAGAAACAAUCACAGAUUCAGAUGAAUUUUUUGCGAAGCUAAAUAUAGGGGAAACCAAGAUGGAGUUCAUUUUGAUGCUCUUUAGCCAGUACCAUUUUUUCCUUAAAUUCCUGUCUCAUUUUUUGUCUUUUUCUUUUUUGUAGAGCGCUUAGUUGUAGGUACUCUUUAUAUGUGUGGGUGGAUUCCCAUAUAUCUUACAUAUUGGUAAUUAUUUGGAGUGGAAUUUUUCUGUCUUGGUUUUUUUUUGGGUAAUUUGAAGAAAGUAUGUUUUUUAUGAGUUUAUUUUAUAUCUUGCUGCUUGACUGAAGAUAUUG